GCGGCGGUAGCGGUUUGUUCGUAUGUGAAAGUGAGGUAGGUGUUGCGUUUAGCCUUCACGGACUUGUUGACUUCCUAUUCAACAAACAGUCAUCUCAAGUGGUCCCCUGCAUCCUUUGUGAUCUUGCGAGCCUGCUUACGAGCCUGACCGCAGACAGCAAUUCAAAUGGAACCGAUUCAGUCCUCAAGUUGUGGUGAGGGAGCUUCACUUUUGGGAGAGAUGAGCUGCCCACUGAAAGCCACCGAGGACAUCUGGUUUGGAUGCUGUUCCUGCACUUAUGUCACCAGAGAUAAUCGUGGGAUUGUGAGCCACCUGGUUGUCCAUGGUGAUGAACAAUUCAAGUCCCAGCAUCCUUCCAUGUUUGGAUCGGAGUCUAAAGCGCCCAGCAAAACUCAAGAGCACAAGGGUGAUAAGUUGUUCAAGUGCAAGCUGUGCCCCCUAGUUUUUGAGCACAAUUCCACUCUGACAAGCCAUAAUCUAACACACACUAGUGAAAAGCCUUAUAAGUGCAAGCUGUGUCCUAAAGCCUUUGCUAAGAAUUGCCUCCUGAUCACUCAUAAUCGAGUACACACAGGUGAAAAGCCAUUUAAGUGUGAGCUGUGCCCCCAAGCCUUUGCUUACAAAACCAGUUUGUCUCAUCACAGUCAAAAGCACACAGGUGAAAAGCCAUUUAAAUGCAACCUUUGCCCCCGAGCCUUUGCUCGGAAGUCUCAUCUCCAGAGUCAUAUUAUAAUACACUCCGGUGAAAAGGCAUUUAAGUGCAAGCUGUGCCCCCAAGCCUUUUCUCACAAGAGUGGCCUAAAUCAUCACAUUAGAACACACACAGGUGAAAAGCCAUUUAAGUGCAAGCUUUGCCCCCGAGCCUUUACUCAAAGUUCUCAACUCAGGAGUCAUAAUAUAGCACACUCUGGUGAAAAGCCAUAUAAAUGCCAGCUGUGCCCCCAAGCCUUUGGUUACAAUAGUGGUCUGUCUCAUCACAGUAAAACACACAGGUGAAAGGUCAUUUAAGUGCAACUUUGCUCCCGAGCCUCUUCUCGGAAUUCUUGUCUCAGGAAUCGCAAUAUUAUACACUGAUGAAAAGCCAUUUAAGUGCAAGCUGUACUUCCAUGGCUUUGCCCACAAUAGCAGUCUGCUUUGCCACAACUGAACCCACACAUGGAAAAAGCCAUUCAAGUGCAUGCUCCACUCCCAAGUGUUUGCUCAUAAUUCCCUUCUGACCCUCCAUAAUCACUCACUGGUGAAAAACCUCACAAGUGCAAGAUGUGCCCCCAAGCCUUUGCUCACACUUAGUCUGCUCUGCCACAAAACACAGAGGAGAAAAAAACAUAAGGGCAAGCUAUUCCCCCAAGCUUUCCUGGGAAAAUUCAUCUGUCCAGUCAUUAUCGAACAAACACUGGUGAAAAGGGGGGAUCGGUGGCCGAGUGGGCUGAAGCGCAGACCCAGCUCGACGCGCGUGGAGCGAAAGCUCGCGCUACAGAUCCCAGGGGUCCUGGGUUCGAGCCCCACCCCUGCCCGUUUCGAUCUGGAUGAGCAUCGUACCGGCGUGCGGUCGUGUAUCACUACUGCGUGGUGCACAUUAAAGACGCCAGGCUAGCGGUUGUACUGCACUGGCAAAAUUGCUCAUCUACAGUGUAAACCAUUAUCGCCCCUACUGGCAGACCAACCUUACGCUGUAUAAAUCACUAAAACGUCCAAUUUGACUUUUGACUGGUGAAAAGCGAUUUAAGUGCAAGCUUUGCUCCAAAGUGCUGGCUUUCCCUUCCGACCUUCGAUAAUCGAGAGCACACGGGUGACACACCUUAUAAAUGCAAGCUGUGCCCUCGAGGCUUUGCUAAUGAUUUCCUACUGACCAAGCAUAAUAUAAAACACGCAGGAAAAAAGCCAUUCCAGUGCAAGAUGUGAUUCCAGAGUCUUUAUUUGGGAAUCACAUCUGAGAGAUCAUAACUAAAGACACAGUGAAAAGGUAUUUAAGUGCAAGGUUUGCCCACAGGACUUUUCUCAGAAUAGAUUUCUGAUUUACUACAGUCGAACACACACUGGCAAAAAAACCAUAUAAAUGGAAGCUGUGCCCCCGAUCCCUUGUUCAGAAUAGAUAUCUGACCGACUACAAUUAAACACACACAGAUGAUACAGUGAAACCCGUUUAGAACAAACCCACGUACAGCAAACUAUUGUCGAUAUCGAACUCACAGAAAAUUUAAA